AUGGAGAAACCCGAUGUGGGUUUCGAAAUCCGGCGUCGAUUUCUUCCGUUCAUCCUGAUUAUCUCGUCUGUUUCAGUCAUCAAUGUCCACUCUCAGUCGAGUUCUAACGAUGCUGUUGUAAUGCAGGCUCUAAAGAAAAACCUACAACCACUGAGUUCACUCGACUGGUCCGACCCCAAUCCAUGCAACUGGAACAAUGUCAAAUGCUCCAAAGACAACCGGGUCACCGGAAUUCAACUCGGACACCAGAAUCUCAAAGGCAAUCUCCCUCAAACCCUUAAUAACCUCACUCAACUCCAGGUUUUGGAGUUUCAACACAAUCAACUCACCGGGCCACUCCCGAGUCUCUCCGGGUUGACUCAGCUCCAUAACCUCUUACUCAAUAACAACAAUUUCUCUUCAAUUCCCAUCGACUUCUUCGACGGUAUGUCCUCUUUGCAGAAUAUUUAUCUUGAUUACAAUGCUUUUACUGCAUGGUCUAUAUCGGAAAAUCUAAAAACUGCAUCCAGUUUACGAAUUUUCUCGGCCACCUCUACUAAUCUCACCGGAAAAAUCCCGGAUUUUUUCGGUGCUGAUACCUUUUCCGGGUUAAUUACUCUUCGUUUAGCUUCGAAUUCUCUGGAAGGCGGGUUACCCGAUUCGUUUUCGGGUUCUUCAAUACAGAGUCUUUGGUUAAAUGGACAGAAAAGUACUUUUAGGCUUAAUGGCAGCAUCGACGUUCUACAAAACAUGACACAAUUGACUGAAGUGUGGCUUCACACAAACUCCUUUUCGGGUCCUUUACCUGAUUUUUCACGCUUGAACAAGUUACAGAAUUUAAGUUUAAGAGAUAAUAGCUUCACAGGCCCGUUCCACCAUCUUUGUUAA